AUGCGCUCCUCCAUCCUCAUCCCGCUUCUCUUCGCGGCAAGCGUCAGCGCGGGCUUCCUCGUCGCCGACCCCGCUCCGCCGGCGCCGCCGGCCCCCUCGCCGGCGUUCGUGACGUACUACCGCCCGCGCUUCCACUGUCCCGCGGGGCUCGCCGUCGCCGCGGACGACGUGCAGGCCAUCGACAUCGCGGACCGCACCGUCGGCCGCCUCGUGUGCGCCGGCCGAAGGCGCACCGACAUCGACGCGGAGCAGAUCAGCUGCGCGUUCCGCAAUUCCGACGGCGCGCUGCUCCCGGGAAUCUCGCACAGCAAGUGUGCGGGGCUCGUCGCCGCGGAGGGCCCCAGGAGUCCAUCGACUUGUGUCUUCCUCUGUGCGACGAAGAACAAAGACGGGGUGCCGCUUGCAAGGAUGGCGCUCACGCGCGGUGGGGACACGGCGUGCUACUAUUAUAACGAGUGGUGCACCUAUUCUGGCGUCAACGGGAACCCCGGGCCUGACGGCGGGAGCCGGUGUCCGGCCCGCGCGGGGACGUCGUGCAUCCUCGGCCGGCGGCGGUUCCGCGGGGAGGACAACUUCACGGCGAUGCUCCGCAAGAAGGCGGAGGAGGAGGCGCUGGCGGAGCUCCGGCGCCGUGGCCGGGUCGCGCCCGCGGCGCUGCGUCGCCGAUUUGCUGAGCCCGAGGAGGAUGCUUAG